UUUCCCUUCCUGCGAUGAUGGGCCUUGGUGUCGAUUGCAACUGCAGUUUCAUUGAUAGAUGGGCUCUUUGGAGAGAAAACCUAACACUAGAGGAAUUGCUUUUAGCGGGCAUCAUUUGUUGGGCGAAUUGGAAUGACAGAAACCAAAGAAACAAUGGUAUAGACGUUGCAGAUGUUCACACAGAAUCCGAUUGGAUCACAAAUUAUGCUAUGGAGCUUUUAACUCGAAGAAGAAAGACUAACGAGGCACAAAAGAAUUUACCUUGUCUGGCGAUUUGGAAACCUCCUUCGAAAGGAACAGUUAAGCUCAAUGUGGACGCGGCUUUCGAUGUCCGAAAUCAAAGGGGAGGGGUUGGGGUUUUGGUUCGUGAUGAUCGAAACUCCAUCCUAGCAGCUUUAAUUUCAUCCCACAAUGUGAAUUCCCCUCUGUUGGCCGAAAUAUGUGCUAUUCGUGAAGCAGUUCGCCUGGCUGAGAGGUGUAUACAUGUCGGAAGAGAGGGUAACAAACCGGCUCAUUUCCUUGCGGGUGAGGCUUUGCAUCAGAAUCAUCUAGUAUUGUGGCUUUCUGAUUUCUCUUCUUAGUUA